UUGUGUGUGCAUGUGUGUGCAUUUCUUCCCCCUGACAUUAAGAAGGAAAGCGAGUGAGUAUUCUUUCUCUGAGCUUGUGAAUGGCUGUCCUGAGCUGUUUGAGACGUUUUGCCUGACUGAAAAGUGGAGGUGGAGGUGAAUUAAGCUGUGGAGAAUCACAGGAUUUUGGUUACCAUGGGAUGUUGUUGGACACCCUUCAUCCUGGCCUGGUUUUCAAUAGCAACCCCCACACUCUGCCAAAGUGGAGAUUGGGGUUCGGGCUUUGACAUCUCCCCUGAGGUAACGGCCAGCAAUGACACAUCGCAGGCAGCAGGUGAUGAGCCUGUGAGGAUGAGAAACAACCAGGACUGGAUCACAUCAGCUGCUUUCUCACCAUCACCAUCACCCUCACCUUCAACUACACUGCAGUACGAGCAUCAACCGGAUAAGUGCUCGGUGUACUUCAACACUGAUCCAGCUGUAGCUCGAAGGCUCAAGGCCCAGAAAGAGCAUCUGGCCUAUCUGCAGGCCAUCCAGCACGGAAACAAGGCAGUGAUGGAGAACCUGGAGCAGUUUGUUGGGGCAGAGCUGGGAGAUCAGAACUACGAAGACGUGAUAAAGGAGAAUAUCAUCGGCAUACAAGAGGACCAGAAGAGCUGCCACGAGGUGGUAGAGAAAGCUGAAGAAGAUCUAGAAAAACAGCUGGAGGGGGAGGAGUCGGGGGCUCUCUCAGGCAUGCAGAAAAUCCGAGAGGAGUCCUUGGCCUUUGACGACAUGCUCCGUGCUGCAGCAGACAUCGCCAACAGGCUGGAGGUCUCAUCGCAGGCCCUGCAUGCUGUGUUCACCAAGCAGCUGAAAGACAUCGCAAAAAUACACCGCUAAGAAAUACUUCAAAAGACUUUGUGCCCUGCUCACGACAUCAUACAACAAGUGGGGGAUGUUUGGUGUCCUGUGUGACACCUAUGUUAGCACUUUGGGCUCCAUGUUGUUAUGUAUGAAAGGUGCUGUAUAAAUAAAGCUGAGUUAUGUUAAAACAACA